CUUCUAUAAAAGAUAACACAUUCAUCCAGUCUUUACUGCUUGUAUACUCUCUGUCUCUUUCUUUCUCUUCAUUAUUUCAAAUGUCUAAAAACGAUACAUUCACUGGUUGGGCUUCCGUUGGCAAGGACAAGCCUCUUGAGCAAAUGCAGCUGCCUCUCAAGGCUUGGAAUGACAACAGUGUUGAAAUGGAUAUCACUCACUGUGGUAUCUGUGGUAGUGAUGUACACACUAUAGACUCCGGCUGGGGCCCUACUGAUUAUCCAUGCGUUGUUGGUCAUGAAAUUACAGGCGUUGUUACAAGAGUAGGAAAGAAUGUGACAAGGGUCAAGGUUGGUGAUCGUGCUGGUUUAGGUCCUGCCUGUGGCUCAUGUAAUCAAUGCCAUACCUGCAGUAACGGAGAGGAAAACGUGUGCAUGAAUGGAAUUACUCUGACCUACAACAGUCAUUGGUCAACCGGUGAAAAAACCUACGGUGGCUAUGCUGACAAAUGGCGUGGUGACGAAACAUUUAUUUGCAAGAUCCCAGAUAAUGUUAGCAAUGAAAACGCUUCUACAUUCAUGUGUGGAGGUGUAACAACUUAUGCUCCUCUUAGGCGAUGGAAGGUCGGCCCUGGCUCGACUUUGGGUGUCUUGGGCAUUGGUGGACUUGGUCACUUUGCAGUCAUGUUUGGUAAAGCAUUAGGUGCCACUGUGAUUGCCUUUUCUUCCAGCAACAGAAAGCGUGAUGCUGCGCUUGAGCUUGGCUGUGAUGAUUAUAUUGUAACAAGCGAUACUGAAGCAAUGACCAAAUAUACAAGCAAGUUGACACAUAUCAUUUGUACUGGUGUGGGAGAAGACUUCAAGUGGGAGCCAUACUUUAAUCUCUUGGUUCCUAAUGGCAUUUUCAUCAAUGUGAAUGCUCCUGAAUUCUCAUAUCCACCAAUUCCACUCUUCAAUCAAAUCUUUAAGCAAAUCGUUAUCGUUGCCUCUGCUGGCGGCAGUGUCAAGGACACAGAGGAUAUGCUUCAGCUUAUCUCUGAGAAAAACCUCAAGGCAUGGUAUAAGAAAUACCCAAUGUCAGAAGUUAACAAGGCUAUCAAAGAUUUCAGGGCUGGGUUACCCAGAUUUAGAUUUGUCUUGGAAAACUAAAUAGUUGAAAUAAACAAUUCUUUAAUCAGCUUCUUUACCUUCUGCAAUGGAAAUAUUACAGUUAAUGCCUGUAUAAUGGGAGAGGGACACUCUAUCUACUUCUAAAGGGAGUAUCGAUCAAGUCUUUUUUCUACUGAGUUAUUGAAGAA